UUCCUGGUGACGUGGCACACCAUCGAUGCCGACUCUCCCGAGCUGAGCCACAUCCUGUGCUGGGCUCCAGCAGACCCGCCCACUGGUCUGUCCUACUUCAGCAGCAUGUACCCUCCUCAUCCUCUCACCGCUCAGUACGGGGUUAAAGUGCUGCGCUCCUUUCCUCCAGACGCCAUCUUGUUCUACAUUCCUCAGAUUGUUCAGGCGCUCCGUUACGAUAAGAUGGGUUAUGUGAGGGAGUACAUCCUGUGGGCGGCCCAGAAGUCUCAGCUUCUCGCCCACCAGUUCAUCUGGAACAUGAAGACCAACAUCUUCAUGGACGAGGAGGGACACCAGAAAGACCCGGACAUCGGGGACCUGUUGGAGCAGAUGGUCGAGGAGAUCACGGGCUCUCUGUUGGGUCCGGCCAAAGACUUCUACCAGCGAGAGUUUGAAUUCUUCAACAAGAUCACCAACGUGUCCGCCAUUCUCAAGCCGGUCCCAAAGGGAGAGGAGAGGAAAAGGGCCUGUCUCAAAGCUCUGUCAGAUAUCAAAGUCCAGCCAGGCUGUUACUUACCGAGUAACCCUGAAGCCAUCGUGCUGGACAUCGACUACAAGUCUGGAACGCCCAUGCAGAG